AUGGCACUCACAAGUCUCCUUUGGGACGUGGUGGGCAGAAGCAUGACUUGGAGUCGUCUUCUGCCAGCUUCUGUUGCAUUGGGGACAGCGUAUUUCAUCGGCCGAGCAAUUUACAAUCUCUACUUCCACCCGCUCUCUAAAUACCCAGGGCCGAAGCUUGCCGCGGUUACCGAUCUGUGGUGGGCAUAUGCUAGUACAACGGGCAGAUACCCGUGGAUAAUCGAGGAUGUCCUGAAGACUUAUGGAAACGUUGUGCGCAUUGCUCCAAACGAGUUUGUGUUCAUCACGCCACAGGCAGCGAAAGACAUAUAUCUCGCACAGGAGAAAAAUCUCGAACUCUUCGUUCAAGUCGGCUACGACGCUUUGGACACAGGCGACGGUGGGAUUUCGGGGGAAACCAAUCCUGUGAGACAUCGGGAGAUCGCUAAAAAGCUUGCCCCUGCUUUCAGCACAAGGAAUCUGAGGGCUAAAGAAGCCGCUAUCCACAAACACAUUGACAUUUUUGUGAAUAGGAUGAAGGAUUUCGGGGGUGAUGAGAUAGGGGCAGACAUGAGACGUUGGGCGGAGUGGCUAGGGCUGGAUUUGGCCGCGGACAUGACAUACUGCAUCGACAUGGGCCAUUUGCGAGACAUGAAGGACUCAGUGCUUGUUCGUUCCACGUUCAAGUUGAACAUGUUCAUACUGAUGAGCCAGAUCGUGCGGAAGUUCCGCCUGUUGACACCCUUAGCAUACUUGACAAUACCUCCUUCCGUCUGGUUCGACAUGUUUCAGCUUCUGAAAAUGAACACUGACGAUGUUCAGACGCGGCUGAAAAAUCGGCACAACAUAGAGCAUUUGGAUUACUUCGAGCAGUUGGUCCCGGUAAAUCAACCAAUACCUCAGGGUGAGAAGGAAAUCUAUCAUCUACAAAACGUAGCAUGGCAGUUACUUCUAGCCAGCUGGCAACCUUUGGCUAAUCAGUUCUACUCUUUGCUCUUAUUCCUCCUCAAGGAACCCGAUGCCUAUGCAACACUGGUAAAGGAAGUCAGGGAGCAGUUUUCAGCCUACGACGCCAUCAAGUUGGAUUCGAUAGAACGUCUUACGUACUUACAGGGCUGUGCGAAUGAAAGCUUUCGGCUGCACCAAGAAACAACUGACGGCUUGCCGCGCAUUAGCCCUGGUGCUCUGGUGGAUGGAACAUACAUACCCCAAGGAAUUACUUGUCAAAUCAGCUACUUUGCAGCGGCUAGAAGCCCGCGCUACUUCACAGAGCCACUCGAAUUUCGGCCUGAACGUUGGCUGACCCCUGAUCAUCCGAAGUUCAAUCCCAUAUAUGCAGGCGAUAACCUCAAGGCCUCUAAACCAUUCAGUCAGGGUCCAAGAGGCUGCCCUGGGGGACCUAUUGCUUCAGCCACUGUUCGCUUGUUGAUGGCCAAGGUCUUAUGGCAAUUUGAUUUGGAAUUUGGAAUAGGUCAACGAGACCUAUCCUUUGAGAAGGAUUAUAAGUUUCUUGCUUUUUGGGACAAACCGGAAUUUCACGUUCGGUUCAAGCCGGUUCAGAGGGCA